ACAGCUCAACUUGGAUCACGUUGUGGUGGUUAACCUUCGUUUGUUAAAAAAGGGAAAUUAUGUCUUCUUUAAUUGCAAAACAUUUUCUUAACAAUUUUCAAAAGUCAAGAAGAGCGAUCUCCGCCGCUUCUUCAUUUGGAAGAAUCCUGUCAUCAGCAAACUUUCGCAGUAACCCACCGUCCAGCGUGUUGGCCUUUUCGAGGAAACUCGAAUGUAGUUCACUUCAGAAAAGAUUGCUUUACACCGAGACAGAUCAGGAUAUGUCUCAGCAUAUUGCAAAGGAAAUUGAGAACGAGAAAAAGAGCUCAGGUGGUCAGGAGACAGAAUAUUUGAAAAACUGGAAAAUUGUGCGAGAUGGUUGUGAAGUUUCGAUGUCCAGAUCGGAGGGAAACGAAACCAUAACGGUAGAAUUUAAUGUCAACAACGCCACUGAUUUGGUCGACGAGGGUUCAGAAGACUACAGUAACGAAAUGCCACAAAUGAUUUGUAGACCGCCAUUUAUUGUACAGAUCAAAAAGCAGAGUGGCAUGAAAAUCCGCAUUUCUUGCCAGUUUCUUACUGAACUAGAUGCAGAUGAUGGUGACGAGCAGGAAGUUCGCGACAAAUUUGAAAUUGUUCACUUCAGCGUCUGUAAAGGUGAAAUUGUGCCAUCAACAUACGUCUGCAGUGGAGAGACGAUGGACGGAGAAAUGUAUGAAAAGUUGAUGGACAUGUUGGACGAACGCGGAAUAGACAAUGAAUUUGCCAAAGAAUUAAUUGAUUUUAGUACCAACUAUGAACACGGUGAAUACAUCAAGUUUCUCAAUACAUUCAAAUCUUUUGUGGAUGAGAAAUAAGAACAGUAUAGUAGUAAAGUUGUGUAUUCUGAAAUCUUGUACUUUUUUGAUAGAAAAGAGUUAUCAUUUCAGUGAUUUGGCAUUUGUGCUUUGUGAGAGAAUGUCAUUGAUAUCUUGAUUCCUUUCACAAUAAAUCACAUAUUUAACCUAUA